AUGCUAUCUUUUCUCUAUAAGAGAUAUUGUUACCCUUUUACCUGAUAUCUAUAAAACAGGUGAAAACUUGUAAAAAUAUCUACGGUAUGUUCCGUUAGAAAGUUACGGACCUUAUGGUUUAUUCUCGUAGCCUUGCAUCCAGGUAUUGAAACAUCACAAGCAAACGCAAGGCAUUGAGUGUCUGUCCGCUGUAUUUCCCAACCUUGUUUUUAUGGAUGUUUCCUCGUGCUUUUGUCAGGACAGUGAAAAUGGCAGCCAAUGUUCGAAACGCAUUACUGAAGCUUCACAAAUUAGACCUGCAUUGCCUUUACUGGAUGCCGAUUUCCUUAACGAUACUAAGGUUCUUGAGAUUGCAAAGGGUGCAAAAGAGUUCAAUGUCCCUAUAAUAAGAGCUAACAGGAAGUUGGUUGCUUCGGUUAAUGGAGGGCUGCAUAAUCCUUCUCCUUUGGUUUUUAAUCCCGAGUGGAGCACGGAGCGGUCACAAGACAAGGCCAGCGGUUUUAAUCAUCCUUUGCCAUCUGGCAUCCAAAGGCCAAAUAAUGAAGACGAUAUAGCCUUUAUGAGUGUUCUCGAACUAGGAGAACUUAUUAAGAACAAACAGAUUAGUUCUGAGGAGCUUACAGGAAUUUUUCUGAAGAGAUUGAGAAGGUACAAUCCAGUACUUGAAUCCGUGGUUACAUAUACCGUAGAUUUAGCUUACCAGCAAGCAAAAGCAGCAGACAAGUUGCUCUCUCAAGGAGUGUAUUUAGGACCACUCCAUGGCAUCCCUUACGGAUUGAAGGAUAUAAUCUCGGUACCUAAUUACAAGACGACUUGGGGCUCAACAACUUUCAAAAAUCAAGUGCUUAGUAUCGAAGCCUGGGUAUAUAAGAGGUUGAAAUCUGCAGGGGCAGUUCUUGUUGCAAAGCUUGUUUCCGGAUCACUGGCCUAUGACGACAUCUGGUUCGGUGGUAGGACUAGGAACCCUUGGAACAUUGAGGAAUUCUCUACAGGCUCAUCAGCUGGGCCUGCUGCCUGCACCUCAGCUGGGAUGGUUCUGUUUGCAAUUGGUUCAGAAACAGUUGGUUCCAUUACUUACCCUGCUGCUCGGUGUGGUGUGACAGCAUUGAGGCCAACUUUCGGUUCAGUUGGACGUACUGGUGUAAUGAGCAUAUCAGAAAGCUUGGACAAGCUCGGUCCAUUCUGCCGAUCUGCUGCCUAUUGUGCGGUUAUUCUGGAUGCCAUCCGAGGGAAAGAUCCAGAUGAUGAUUCUUCAAGAGACAUUCCCUUUGGUGAUCCAUUCUCUGUUGAUAUCACAAAGCUUACAGUUGGUUAUCUUGAUGAUGCCGACAUGGAGGUUGUUCAUGUGCUUGAAUCGAAAGGUGUCAAGGUGGUUCCUUUCAAACUGAAGUACACCGUCGAUUCUGUUCAAGGCAUCCUAAAUUUCACGAUGGAUGUCGACAUGCUGGCUCACUUUGAUGAAUGGCAACGCUCUGGGAAGGAUGAUGAUUACGAAGCUCAAGAUCAAUGGCCCCUUGAGUUGCGUCGUGCACGUGUAGUUUCAGCCGUAGAUUAUAUGCAGGCACAAAGAGCUCGAGGAAAGUUAAUCCAAGAAGUGAAAGAAAACUUUAAUGUUGAUGCAUUCAUUGGAAAUGCAACUGAUUGGGAGCGAGUAUGCAUGGGAAAUCUUGUAGGUUUGCCGGUAACUGUUGUUCCGACCGGAUUCAAAAACAUACCUAAUCCACCUCCAACAGUUACGCGUAGACGGACCACGAUCAACACGGGCAUUUAUGCUCCUCCGAACCACGAUCACAUUGCUUUAGCUUUGGCAAUGGCGUACCAGUCUGCCACAAAUCACCAUAAGCAGCGUCCCCCGAUCAAUGAUCUCGGACCGAAUGACACAGUACCGAAUCCUCCCGCCGUUCCCAUCCCUCCUAGACGCUUGCAUCUGUAA